AUGGAUCCGAUGAGUUCUGCGUACGCCGUCCCGUCACCGUACGAUCAGCAGGUGCCGUCGACGUCGUCGCCCACAUGCUCCAUUGCACGGCCGAACACUCCACAAACUCCCUACGGGCGUUCAGCGUUCGGCUCCGCACAUGCGUCACCGUUCCGGCCAGCGAAUGCGGCCGAUGCGGUCCGUUUGCGAGAGACCUGUGCAGCACGGAACGUGCAAACUGCUCAAUGGAUGGACAGUCAAUACCUGGCUGGAGUCUCAGGUUUUCAUGGAAGUGGGGUACAAUCAGGACCAUGCUCGGUGAUGUCAGCGGCCAGUGGUGGCGGAAUGUCGAUGAUGUCCGGCAUGUCACAGAUGUCACUCGGCAACAUGAGUCAGCUUAGCAUUUGUACUCAGCUCACUGAGGCGCAUUACACACAGAAUGCCCCUUAUCAGCCGACAUCCGGUGCGUCAAGUGUGGAGAACAUCGAUCCGAGCAAUAUAUAUGAGAUUAAUCGCCAAGUAAAUACUCUCAUAAUGAGUCUCAGGCAUGAGGAUCCGGAAAUUCGACGGAAAGCCGCUAAUUCUGUGCAAAGCAUGGCUCGGCAACGAUUGCUAGCGAUGGUCUCCAACCAUGCGACCCUCAGAGAGCUGAUUUGUCACUUUCUGCAGUUCGUACUUGAGCACACUAUAGAGCAGAACAUUACCCAAUUGAUGCAGUCGAUUUUCAACAUCCUCAAUUGCCGGACGUGUUUUGUCGUCAUGCAGGACCGAUACAUUCAACAAAUACUAGUACAUAUCAUCGCCAAAUAUUUGAUGCCUGAUCAUCCUUUUACCGCAUGGACUGUGAUCGCUUUUACGGCAAUUUUACGAAAGAAAGAUCUACGGGGUUUCCGACGGAUGUGUCGGAACGAGUACUUUGUCCGUCAGCUGAUGAUCAUUCUUGCCUCGACAUCUUCGUCCCACAAAUCCCUCAUCAUCGACUCUAUUCGAAUGCUUAUCACGCGGAAUUUGCCACUUAAGGAGUUCUUUGUUCGAAGUAAAGGAAUGGAGAAGCUGUUGGAGUUUAUGUCGUGUGAGCAUGAGGAGAAAGUGCUGAGAUCGAGCGCCACCACUCUUCUCACUCUUAUCUCCACGGAGUCAGCCAAAUAUGGAAUUGAGUUUGUUAGGCUUGAGGGGGUUCAGAUCUUCGGUAAUCUCCUCUCGCAUGGUUCAACUAUGUUGCUACAUGAGCUUCUUCAUUGUCUGGCUGCCGUGGGAGAUCUCAAAGAGGCUCUCGAAACUCAGGACAUCAGUAGUACUAUCGUAUCAGUACUGCAAUUGAUGGGUGCCCACGAUCCGAUUCUGGUCAACCACGGCACGGCGUUCCUUCUGAAUGUCUCGGCAAAUAGCAUAAGGAAUAAGGCGUCCAUGGUUGCCGCUCAGGCUCCCGAUACUCUGCUCAGUGUGCUCAAUCAUCGUAACAACUACUUGACGAUCCCACUUGGCAAAUGUUCGACAACUGAUCGCCUCCAUCACUGA